GGGUCCUCGGGCACUAAUGGCGGCGGGCGCGGCAGGCCCGGACUCUGGCCCUCUCGCAGGCUCUAACAAGCCGGGGGGUUCGAGUCCGGGCGCGGGUCUUUGGCUUCGGAUCCGUCCCUGCCAUCUCUGGGCCCCAGUGUCCGCGGCCUUAUGUAGGCCGGAUACGCCCGCGGGGGAGCCAGGCCCCGCGUCUCGGGUGCUUGCUUCCAUUAAAUCCCCGCGCUCCGGAAACCUCCUGUCUUUCUCUCUCCAGAUGGAGAGCGCUCUGGCAGGGCCAAGAAGUGUAUGUACUUGGGGUCGGGAGCGCGCACACCUGAAUCUACAUUUCGGUUCUGCCACCCACUGCAGCAGGAUGGAGCCAGGUGAGGAGCCGGAAGAAGAGGACUCUCCAGGCGGCCGUGAGGAUGGCUUCACCGCCGAGCACUUGGCCGCCGAGGCUAUGGCGGCUGACAUGGAUCCCUGGCUGGUGUUUGAUGCCCGUACCACUCCUGCCACCGAGCUGGAUGCCUGGUUAGCCAAGUACCCACCAUCCCAAGUUACCCGCUAUGGGGACCCGGGCUCCCCUAACUCUGAGCCUGUAGGCUGGAUUGCAGUCUAUGGGCGGGGCUACACCCCCAACUCGGGUGAUGUGCAGGGCCUGCAGGUGGCCUGGGAGGCUCUGCAGACCAGCGGGCGCCCCAUCACGCCCAGCACCCUGCGCCAGCUGGCCAUCACCCACCACGUGCUUUCGGGCAAGUGGCUGAUGCACCUGGCACCCGGCUUCAAGCUGGACCACGCCUGGGCUGGCAUUGCCCGAGCCGUGGUCGAGGGCCAACUUCAGGUGGCCAAAGUGAGCCCACGGGCCAAGGAGGGUGGGCGCCAGGUCAUCUGUGUGUACACGGACGACUUCACGGACCGCUUGGGUGUUCUGGAGGCGGACACUGCCAUCCGUGCAGCAGGCAUCAAGUGUCUGCUCACCUACAAGCCCGAUGUCUACACCUAUCUGGGCAUUUAUCGGGCCAACCGCUGGCACCUCUGCCCCACUCUCUAUGAGAGCCGUUUCCAGUUGGGGGGCAAUGCCCGCGGUUCCCGUGUCCUGGACCGCGCCAACAAUGUGGAACUAACCUAGUGGGGCCAGGUGGGGAGACCACCCUUUGCCCUCCCUGCUGGGGAUAGCUCCUGUCUUCCUCCUCCUCGUCCCAAGGAGGCCAAGCCCCCCCCAGCCCUGAGAUCUGGACUAGGUCACUUGGGAACUGCCUGCAUCUUUGAACCCCUUGAACCUGUGCCCUCUGUUCAGGGCUGACUCAAGCCCCCACAGGCUGGGGGCUCUGGCUCCCUGAGGGCCGGGCCCUCAGCCUCUCUCUUUGCUGCUGCUCCCCUCCACCUCCCAGGACCACAGACUGGGUCCAGACACCCAGGGGGAAAGCGUUCCUUGGCCACCCCCAUUACCGCCUGCACCUUCCCCACUGCCUGCAUUCUCCCCUUCUUUCCCUCCUUCCUUGUAAGGGAGAAAACUUUAAUGCUUCCAUUCCCUCCCCUUAGAGCCUCCUUAGUCCAGGGGACAGGGGGCCUUGCAGGCCUGAGCAUGCCAUUUUGUGUGGGUAUUAGUGCCCACUCAGCCCGUGGCCAGGGCCAUGAGACACUGGCCCGCCCGGCCCUGCCGACUCACAGCCUGCACCACCUUCUCCCUUCCUUGGCUCCCUUGUCAUGUGCCUGCUCCUGGCAUUUCAAUAAAGCCCAGCUUGGGUCUGUGUGUUGAGUGUUUUUUCACA